AUGAAGAACACAAGGCCACUCUAUCUAAGCAUCAUAAAUCGUCCUAAAUCAGCAGAUGUUUGGUACACCAAAGUUCGAAUUGGACAAAACACCAUCGGCAAUUUAAUGAAAUCCAUGGCCUCCUGUCUCAGGUCGAAUAAGAAGCUGACGAACCACAGCAUGAGGAAAACAUUGGUAUCAAAAUUGAAGAAGUCUGGUCAACCGCGCAAUGUCAUCUGUGAAAUAACAGGCCAUGCACGUGAAUCUUCAUUAGACGACUACGAUGAAAUAGACGAGAAUCACAGGAAAGAACUGUCUCACAUUGUCAGUGGAUAUAAAGAAGUG